CAACAUGAAGUGAGGCGCAGACUUUAGGACCCAGUCCAGUUCACGGACUCAGCCGGUCGGGUUUCUCUCUCUGUAAUGUCCUACGUGCUGCCAGAAGCGUGUUCCGCUGGACACAACUGAAAAUUUGAAGGAUUAUCAUUUGUUUUAAGCAUUAGAGCAUCAUGGGUGGAGUGGCACUGGAUGACGGCGGCUGUAAAGUGAAAGCUCCUGAUGGUGGUUGGGGUUGGGCUGUGCUCUUCGGUUGCUUCGUCAUCACAGGUUUCUCCUACGCCUUUCCAAAGGCCGUCAGUGUUUUCUUCAAGGAGCUGAUUAGAGAGUUUGGGGUGGGUUACAGUGACACAGCUUGGAUCUCCUCCAUCCUAUUGGCUAUGCUUUAUGGCACGGGGCCUUUAUGCAGCAUUUUAGUGAAUCGAUUCGGAUGUCGUCCAGUGAUGUUGGUGGGCGGCCUUUUUGCAUCAUUGGGAAUGAUCUUGGCAUCAUUUGCCACAAGCAUCAUCCAUAUUUACUUGUGCACAGGAGUCAUUACAGGUCUUGGAAUGGCUCUGAACUUUCAGCCAUCACUCAUUAUGUUGAAUCGAUACUUCAGUGAGAAGCGUCCACUGGCCAACGGUCUGGCUGCAGCUGGGAGCCCGGUGGCCCUGUGUUGUCUGUCUCCUCUUGGACAGGUUCUUCAGUAUGAAUAUGGCUGGAGAGGGGGCUUCCUCAUUUUGGGAGGGAUACUGUUGAACUGUUGUGCCUGCGGUGCUUUAAUGAGGCCUUUAGUCCCACCGAAGUCCUUAGAGACCCCUGGGAUUGAAAAAGCACCGGACGACGCUGACAAAAAUGUAAAACCCAAGCCCAAGCUGCUGGACUUCAGUGUUUUCAGAGACCGGGGUUUUCUCAUUUACACCAUCGCUGCCUCUAUUAUGGUCCUGGGUUUGUUCGUUCCUCCAGUGUUUGUGGUGAGCUAUGCCAAAGAGCUGGGAAAUGAGGACACCAAAUCUGCACUUCUGCUUAGCAUUUUGGGCUUCAUUGACAUUUUCGCUCGGCCCACAUGUGGUAUAAUCGCUGGGCUUCAGUGGGUUCGUCCUCGCUGCGUCUACCUCUUCAGCUUCGCUCUCAUUUUCAAUGGCAUCACAGAUCUGGUGGGCUCCCUGUCUAAAGACUACACCUCUCUGGUGGUGUUCUGCAUCUUCUUCGGCAUCUCUUAUGGGAUGGUUGGUGCCUUGCAAUUUGAGGUUCUCAUGGCUGUUGUGGGCACAGAGAAGUUCUCCAGUGCCAUCGGUUUAGUUCUCAUGCUCGAAGCCAUUGCUGUGCUGGUUGGUCCUCCCUCCGCUGGCCGACUUUUGGACCACACUAAGAAGUAUAUGUUUGUCUUCCUGCUGGCUGGGAUCGAGGUUGUGUUGUCUGCUUUAGUGCUGGCCAUAUGCAACUUUCUGUGCAUAAAGAAGAAACCUGAGGCACCAGAUGCGGCAGCAGUGGAGUCUGGUGAACCAGUCGAGGAGAAGAAUCACUCCAGUCCACCAGCCUCAGAGGAGCCACACACGCCCAAUGGAAACUCAGAGAAGCCAAAGACUGACCUGAGACCUGAGAAUGUCACGGAGGAGCCCACAGAAGAGGAAACAUUUCUUAAAGAGGACGAUGAGGAGAAGAAAACCAUCACCUGCAGUGCAGAAUCUGACCUCUGAUUGAGCUGUUCUGCCUGAAAAAGAGGGUGGACAGAUGAAAUUUCAGUGUUAAUGUGUGUGUCAAUGUGUAGUUGAUUCAGUGUCCAAAUGUGUGUGCUAUUUACUGACAGAUUAAUCAAUAAUACAGACCUCCAAUGCACUCAUGCUGUUCUAAACAUAGCAUUUGCACUGCCACACAGAGAGAUUUGGACAACACAAUCUCUAGUUUAUGUCUAUAUCUCGAAACCGCAGACAUCUCUUUGAGUUAUAUAGACAUUAUGUUAGUCAAAGGUGCUGUAAGUGAUUUUUUAAAUGCAGAAAAUGAGCAUACACACUGACACCCACUCUAUCACACCAACCUCUGUGAUGCUAGCUAUGUUUCCAUUCAAAGAUGCUAAUCAAGCUGCGGUCACACUAUAGUUUGAUUGGUCCAUAUUUUAAGCGAUUGGUCCAUAUUUUAAAUUUCUGUCCAGAGAGGUCAUGUUUUGAUCUUCGAUUGGUCUCACGCAAUCAUGUGAUGCAAUUUCACAGGUCAGAGUUCAGCAAGCUUGAACUUUCCAAUGCAGCGAACUGCGAAACUUGUCGCACGAGCUUGUGCUUUCGGUCUAACGUAUUCGCAUGCGUAUGAAUGGAAGUCUAUGAGGAGAAAAGUCCAGUGUGACCGCAGCCUUAGUCUUAUGAGUGAAAAAAACAAAACAUUUUCUAAACAUUGUUUAGAUCCCAACGAGUCAAACAUAAUAAAAUCCUCACUUUCUGAUAAACUGCCACCAAAUAUCAAAAAGAAAACUGGAUUUGCUUAUAUAAUAAACUACUUGCACCUCAGACGAUGAAGAUUUAAUGCAAUGAACUUAUGGUGGCUUUUGAAGACUAGAGACUUUGGGAACGAAGCCUCUCAAGACAGUUCUGGAAGAUAGUAAUAGUUUCUCCCCAUGUUCGCGUUGGUUUCUUCCGGGUGCUCCGAUUUCCCCCACAGUCCAAGAUGUGCUAUAGGUGAAUUCAAUUAACUAAACUAGAAGGGCAUUCGUUGCAUGAAACAUAUGCCAAAAUAUCUGGUGGUUCAUUCCGCUGUGGUGACCGCUGAUAGUCAGGGACUAAGCUGAAGGAAAAUGAAUGAGUAAUAAUAAUAAUGUAAUAAUAAUACUGAACCACUGUGAUGACAGACUUUGGCUGAGGGAUUUUAGAAUGACCAAAACAACAUUUCAGAUGUUUUACAGUAUGGUCGCUCUGCUGGUUUCACACCCAUUUUUGUUAUCACAUGAUCUUUUAAAGCAAAAAUCACAUAACUUUUUUGAUGCAAAU